ACUGUCAUUUAACCCUAAUUGGCGAAAACAAAGAGGAAAAGCCCUAGAGGGGUCUCUGAAGCGCAUUGGGUGAGUUGUAGAGAAUGGAGGAGGGAGGCAGCAGCUCCACGGUGAUACCAGAUUCAGUGAUGGAGUCAGUAAAGAGAAGCAUGGGACAUGUAGAACAAGUAGGAGCCGAGUUGCCCCAAUUCUUGUCUCUCUGUUCUGACCCCCAAGUCCUCGCCCAAUUGCCGCCUCUUCAGCGUGCCCACUCACUUCUCUUGCUCUCCAAUCUCACUACCACUCUAUUCACCCUCAGGUUGAGGUGCAGUGGAGUAUACGAUGACGACCACCGCGUCAACACCGAGCUUGAGAGGUUAAAAUUGUAUCAGGAGAAGCUACAGCGUUUCAUAGAUCUGAGCAAAGCACCGUUGCGACCAUCCACCACUUUAAAUUAUCAGGCAGCAACCCGUUUCAUCGAGCAUUCUCUGCCAGACCUCACCCAAGAUCAGAGGCAGGGUAUGAGAGAUAUUAGUAAAGCAGAGGGGAAAAAGAUGAAGCAUCUGGAAAGGAAUGUUCAAAAGAAGAGGAAGUAUGAAUCACCUAACAGACAAUCAGUUCAAUCUGCUGCCAAGGAUUUCCUAGAGAAAGCUGCUCGUGAGCUUCUUGGUGAUGACAAUGGUGGUCUUAAGGGACCUCUAAGGGCUGAGUUCUCAGACACAGAUAAGCUGAAUUUGGACUGAUUUCCUCAUUUUUUGCUGGAUUUGCUGAGACCAAAUUCACUGGUGUUCAUUAUGUCUGCCCUCUCUUUGGAGCUUUUCGGUUUGGUGGCAGUACAAGUUUUCAUACUUUUACGGAUUUUGUUAGUAGAAAAAUUUUCAUAAUUUACCUGAGGAAUGUAUUAGCUAGCAUCUUUAUUAGGCAUUUCGUUUAUUUGUUGUAUUUGUAUUUUUAAGCAUGUUGUUAGUGGAAACAUUUUCUUAUCUACAAGAGGAAUGAAUUAGCAUCUUUAUUUGGUUA